AAUCUCCCUUAUAGACUCCGGCCUCUGUCCCAUAUACAUCCCUUCCAUCACUAUACCACCAGCGGGGAGACUCCGCCAUAGAGACAGAUGCCUCGAGACACUUUCUCCAGCAACCCCUUCAUAUCCUCUCCGGUCUACCACGACAGGUCUGCCGACAUCUCCUCUUUCUCCUACGAUGCAAGGCGGUACGCGCCCUCGCCUUCAUCCGAGGCGCUGCCCCAGGAGCUACCUGCAGGAGCGAUGCCUGCUGUUGCCGACACUUUUUCUGUGCGGAACUUGUCUUCGUAUUCCCAGCGGCCCAGUAUGUCGACCACCCCUAGGAUGAACUCUUCAUUCAGCGGUAGGGAUAACCAGCUGGAAAAAGACAACCUGUUUGGCAGUAGUCCAACGCACUUCAACUCUAGCUCGCGUCUGGCCUACGAAGCAGGGCCACAUAGCAAUUAUAUGGCCCCCGAGCCUUUAGGCUAUGGUCGAACCCGGACCAAGAAGCCGACACGCACUUGCAUACCCACGAACCCAACCAAACGUCGACUUUUGUUUUUCGGCGUUCCUAUUCUCUUGGUCGUUGUGGCAGCUGCUAUCAUUGGAGGUGUGGUAGGAUCUCAGAAGCGCCAUAGUGCGAGCAAUGACAGCAGUAAUGGGGAUUCUUCUUCCGGUACUUCUGGUGGCGGCGGGUCAAAUUCUACCAGUGAUACAGAUGCGAACACUUGGAAUUCGUUUAUUCAACCUGGCUCGGGCGGUGAUGGGUCUAUUGUCACCACAGAUCUCGGUGUAAACUUUACCUACUCGAAUGCUUUUGGUGGAACCUGGGCUCAAGAUCCUUAUGACCCAUAUUCUGUAUCUGGUCAAGCUCAGAGCUGGAGCCCGAGCUUGUUGGAAGAUUGGGUAUGGGGAGAACAUAUCGUUCGAGGCGUCAAUAUUGGUGGAUGGCUGGUGACUGAACCUUUUAUCGUCCCUAGUCUGUAUGAGAAAUAUCAAACUUCCACACCAAAAGCCAUCGAUGAGUAUACGUUGUCGCAAGCAAUGGGAGACAACCUCGCUACUGAGAUGGAAGAGCAUUACAAAACAUUCAUCACUGAAGAAGACUUUGCUUUGAUCGCUGGGGCGGGUCUCAACUAUGUUCGUAUUGCAUUAGGCUAUUGGGCUGUUGAGACAAUCGACGGCGAACCAUACCUCGCAAAAGUUUCUUGGAACUACUUCCUCAAGGCCAUUGAUUGGGCUCGAAAGUAUGGUCUCCGUGUUUUAGUCGACUUCCAUUCGUUACCAGGAUCCCAAAACGGCUGGAAUCACUCUGGCAAAUCCGGGUCUGUCAAUUGGAUGUACGGUGUCAUGGGUAUCGCCAAUGCGCAACGCUCUCUUGAGACGCUCCGAUCGAUCGUCGAGUACAUUUCCCAAGAUGGUGUCAAACAAGUCGUGCCUAUGAUUGGGCUUGUUAAUGAAGUUCAAGCAGAGACCGUCGGCGGAGAUGUGUUGGCUGCCUUCUAUUACCAAGCCUACGAGAUGAUCCGAGAAAUAACCGGCUAUGGUGCAGGCAAUGGUCCCGUCAUCUUACUGCACGAAGGUUUCUACGGGAUCGCGGCUUGGAAUGGAUUUUUGGCAGGUGCUGACAGAAUUGGCCUCGAUCAACACCCGUACUUGGCGUUUCCCACCACCCAGAUCGCUGACAACCACACUGUCCAAGCCCAUACUGCCUGUGGCUGGGGUGGCGGUACCAACGACACUUCCACUGGCUACGGCAUCGUCAUCGGUGGUGAAUGGUCCAAUGCAAUCAACGAUUGUGGCUACUGGCUCGACGGUGUUGACUCAACUCCUCAAUUCGAGGUCACGGGAACCGGAAGCUGUGCCGCGCUCGAUGAAUGGUUCAACUAUUCCGAUGAAACCAAGCAAGGCAUCAUGGGCUAUACUUUGGCCAACAUGGAUGCUCUCCAAAAUUACUUUUUCUGGACUUGGAAAAUUGGGAACAGUACGGUGAAGGGAUAUCCGACCAGUCCGAUGUGGCAUUACAAAUUGGGAUUGGAACAAGGAUGGAUGCCAAAAGACCCUAGAGUUGCAGGUGGUUACUGCCAAAGCAUCGGUGUAGGAGGGAACCAAUUUGCCGGGACAUACCCUGCUUCAGCUAUCGGUUCCUUCCCCACCGAAGUUGCUACACCAACUAUCGAUCCGACGCAAGUUGCUUCUCAUUCCGUUUGGCCUCCCACCGCCCUUGGGCCGUCUCCAUCCUACUCUGCCGCGCAAAUAACUCUCUUCCCCACACUUACCCAGACCGGCACUAGAAAUGUUCUUGCAACGCCUACACACCCCAGUAAUGUGACACUGGAAGGUGGUUGGGCAAAUGCCGCCGAUACCACCGGAGCUUGGGUGAGAGUGGCUGGAUGUGAUUACCCAGAUGAAUAUGAUGCGAAUACGGUGGCUGUUCCUACCGCCCAGUGUACCGGCUCUGGCUCUACAGACAGUAUGCGGAAAAGGAGUUUGCGAAGAUGAUAAAGAGUGGCGGAGCGGCCUUUAUAACAACUUUGGUUUGAAUCAACGGACUUCUUGUGGCAUAUUAGAUGAGCUUUAAAUCGUUUCGCAUUAUCUUUACAUGAUUUUUAUAUUGAAUAUAUCUCCAUAACCUAUACGUAACAUCGGG